GCGGCGAAAUGGCUUCACAAGCCAGAGAACAUGGAGAGUUUCGGAAUGAAGUUCGGUGCGGAAGCAGUGAUCCGCGUGAGACAGUGGACCCUCAAGAUCUCGGGGGUCCCGGUCUCGUUUGUUCCGAGCGAAAGGGCAUACCGAGAGUUGGAACGGGAGAACGGAUGGAAAGAGCGCGACAUCAUUGUCGCUCAUUGGAUCAAGCCACCGCUGAGGCGUAAGCCGAACCAGAGGACGGCUUACCUCUUAGUUAAGGUGACUUCUGAUGAGGUCGCGAAUGACGCGAUGAUGAAUGGGCUGUUGUACCGGGGAAUGAAGCUGCUCCCGGACCGCCAGAGGAAGGAAGUGCGCCGAUGUCUGAAGUGCCAAAAAUUCGAGCCGGCACACCUAGCGAAGGACUGCACGAACAAACCGGCGUGCGGCACUUGUGGAGCCGAGGACCACACGACGCAGGACUGCUCGGUCCCUCCAGGCUUUGGGCGGUUCUGCGUGAACUGCGAUGAGUACGGACACGCGUCUUGGGAACGUGUUUGCCCCGCGUUCAUCCAUAUGAAUCGAAAAAUCCAGGCCAAAGACCCCUUCGAGAAGUACCGCUUCUUCCCGAGGGCAGAUGAUCCCCGAUCGUGGGAGCUUUUG